CUCUGGUCUGUCCACAGCACUAAUGCAGCCAUGCAGCUGUGAUCUGUACACAGUGCUAACACAGGCAUGCAGGCGUGUCUGGUCGUCUCCCGCAUGUGUGGGUAUGGCGCCCAAUACAAGAAGAACGAGGACAUUCCAUUCAUGUCACAAAGCCAUGGGCCAUGCCUUCAAGGUGAGCACAACAAUAUAAGGAGACACACCCCAGCAAUCCUUCGCGUCUGUGCGUUAGUGCGUAUGUCAAAGACUCGAGACAGAGACGGAGAGAAGACUGUGGGUGAGGGUUCUCAAGGCCAAACAGACUAAGGGAAAUGAAGCUACAAACUCCUGCAUAACACAAGACGGACCACAGGACUGCACUCAGGUGGGACUGGGUAACCAUGAACAUGUCCCCCACCCACCUCCCCAGGACCAGCUCAAACGCUGUGGCUGAGGGGAACUCCAAAAUAAACGGACUUGGUCCUCCCACGGACAGUGACACACAAGAAGAUAAUGCAAUUCAGGCCUGCCACAUGGAGCGAAGCUCAUCUUCGCUCAUGCAGCAGACCCUGCAACGAGCUCUGCUGUUCAGAUGCAAGUCCGACACCGGACCUGUCUCCACCGGACCUGUCUCCACGGGACCUGUCUCCACCGGACCUGUCUCCACGGGACCUGUCUCCACCGGACCUGUCUCCACCGGACCUGUCUCCACGGGACCUGUCUCCACCGGACCUGUCGCCACCCGACCUGUCUCCACCGGACCUGUCUCCACGGGACCUGUCUCCACCGGGCCUGUCUCCACCGGGCCUGUCUCCACGGGACCUGUCUCCACGGGACCUGUCGCCACGGGACCUGUCUCCACCCGACCUGUCUCCACCGGACCUGUCUCCACCCGACCUGUCUCCACGGGACCUGUCUCCACGGAACCUGCGCAGGGAGAAAAGACAUCUGAAGACGAAGAAACUAAGCCCUGCCCCCCAAUACACCCGAGCCUGGUUUUGCCCCGACCAACAGGCCCCGAAUCCACAGCCCCACCCCUGCCCCCUCCGGACCGUUCAGAGCAAGAGCAGAUCCCACUCUACCUGGAGAUACUGCCGGAGGAGUCAGCAGCCUCCGAUGUUAGGAGAAGUACAUCUCUGUUCACUCACAAACCUGAGCCACCAGGACCAGUACACAGAACCAAGUCCGACCCCGUACCCCUUUUCUGGAAACAUGUGUGGUUCCAGCUCAGUCUGGGUCAGAAAGCAAAGCUUGGAGCAAAGUUGCAGAAACUGAAUACUUCCAACCGGCGCCCACGCCCUGAACGCCCCCCACCUCCCAACUUCACCCUGAACCGUGGAGCUGAUAGAUCCCCUCUCCAAAAAGAGUUCACCUUGGGACCCUCGAAUGGCUGUGACCCUCCGGAUGGGGACAGUGAAGCCCCUCCAGUUGACUGUGACUCUGAGUACGAGAACAGUCUGAAGUUGUCUGGAGAAGAUGAAAAAAAGCCCUGCACCCCGUUACGUCUGUGCAGACCGUUGAGCCCCAAAUCCCCAAACGCGCCCCCACCCCUGCCCCCCACGGCAGGGCUGGACUGCUCUGGGUCAGAGCCAGGAGACGUCCACGACUACCUGGUCAUAUUGCCACAGGAGUCACCGACCACCCAGGUUAGCCACUUGGGGAGAAGCACAUCCUUCACUCUUCAGCCCAAGCCACCGGCGCCAAUGCACCACAGAACCAAGUCAGACUCCGAACCCCUCUCGCGGAAACGGGCGUGGUUCCUGCUCCGUCUGGACCAACAGAAAGCAAAGAGGGGGGCGAAGUUGCAGAAACGACGAACUUCCGACCCGCCCCCGCGCCCCGAACGCCCCCCACCUCCCAACUUCACCCUGAACCGUGGAGCCGAUAGACCCCCUCUCCAAAAACAGACCUCCAUCUCGGGACCCUCGAAUGGCUGUGACCCUCAGGACCCUCCAGUUGACUGUGACUCUGAGUACGAGGACAAUCUGAAGAUGUUUGAAACAAAGCCCUGCGCACCAGCACUCACAAGACUGAGUUUGUCCAGACCGUCCGGUCCCGGGUCCUCAAACACGGCCCCUCCUCUGCCCCCUCUGGCAGGGCUGGUCCGCUCUGCGUCAGAACCAGAACCCGGCCCGCUCGAUGUGGAGACGCUCCCGGAGGAGACAGCAGCCGCCGAGGUUAGGCCCCUGGAGAGGAGAACGUCUUUGGACACCGUAAAAACCAACCAGCCAGCACUGGUGCAGAGAUCCAAGUCCGCCUCUUUUCCCCUUCUCUGGAAACCUGCACGGUUCCAGCUCAGUCUGGAUCAACAAAAAGCUAAUCUGGGAGCAAAGUUGCAGAAACGUCGGCAUACUUGCGACCAGCGACGACGCCCUGAACGCCCCCCACCUCCCAACAUCCCCCCGAACCCUGGAGCUGAUAGACCCUCCCUCCAGAAACAGAUGUCCACCUCGGGAUCCUCGGAUGGGGACAGUGGAAGCCCUCCAGUUGACUGUGACCCUGAGUACGAGGACACUCUGAAGGUGUUUGGCCAAGGGGCUGAAGUAGCUCCAGGAGGGCUGGAGUGUUCUCAGCAGGAGCCCGCCCCACUCUAUGUGGAGAUACUACCGGACCAGACCACAGCCACCCAGGUUAGCCACUUGGGGAGAAGCACAUCCUUCACCCUUCAGCCCAAGCCACCGGCGCCAAUGCACCACAGAACCAAGUCAGACUCCGAACCCCUCUCCCGGAAACCUGCGUGGUUCCUGCUCCGUCUGGACCAACAGAAUGCAAAGAGGGGGGCAAAGAAACCUUUGCAUUCUUCCAUUCGACGCCCGUGUCCUGAACGCCCCCCACCUCCCACCUUCACCCUGAACCCCGGAGAUGACAGACCGCCCCUCCAAAAACAGAUGUCCACCUCAGGAUCCUCGGAUGACUGUGACCCGCAGGAUGGGGAGAGUACAACCCCUCCAGUUGACUGUGACUCUGUGUACGAGGACAGUCUGAAGUUUUUUGAGGAAGCAGCGGAGUCAACAUCCACCAAGGUUAGCCCCCUGGGGAGAAGUACAUCUCUGGUCACUCUGAAACCCAAGCCACCAGUACCAGUGCAGAGAACCAAGUCCGAACCCGAACCCAAACCCCGGACACCUGCAGGGCUCCAGCUCAAUCUGGACCAACAAAAACCAAAGGAGGGAGCAAAGUGGCAGGAACCUUGGCGUGCUUGCAACCAGCGCCCACGCCCUGAACGCCCCCCGCCUCCUAACUACACCCUGAAGUGCGGCGCUGAUAGACCCCCUCUCAAAAAACAGAUGUCUACCUCGGGAUCCUCGGAUGGCUGUGACCCUCCGGAUGGGGACAGUGGAACCCCCCCAGUUGUCCAUGACUCUCACUACGACAGUAAAUCCCCUCCAGUUAGCUGUGAAACUCAGUAUGACAGUAAAUCCCCAGCAGUUUGCUGUGAAACUCAGUACGACAGUAAAUCCCCACCAGUCAGCUCUGAAACUCAGUACGACAGUAAAUCCCCACCAGUCAGCUCUGAAACUCAGUACGACAGUAAGACCCCUCCAGUUGGCUGUGAAACUCAGUACGACAGUAAGACCCCUCCAGUUGGCUGUGAAACUCAGUCCGAGGACAGAAAAACACCUCCCGGUGCCUUUGUCGACGAUCUGAAGAUGUCAAGCCCCCAUUCCUCAGCUUCAGUGCCACCCCUACCCCCUCGCGUGGGGUUGAGUGAUUCUGUCAUCGGGCAAGGACAUACCUACCUGGAACUGACAGCAAGCACUGAGGCUCCCACAAGGAAGGCGGUCCAUGAUUUCUUCUCCAAAAGACCACUGCCACCAGUACCCCACCAACAGCCACAGCCAGAGCCCCUGUACGAGGAGCUGACCUCCUGCUCCUGCGUCACGAGUGGGGAUUCAGCAGAGCGCAAGCCUGAGGACUACGAGGUGCUGAUGGCCUGGUGGCACACCGUCGACCACUGGGAUAACAUGCCACUGGACUGUGAGCUCAGUGAAGAGGAGGAAAUGAGGGUAUUCGCCCUGACCGCCUACAGGAUCAAAAUGGGACUCCGUCUCUUCGACUGCCUGCUGUCCAGGAAUGGCCAGAGUCUGCAGGACCUCCUGACAGAGCUGGACGCUGCCGCGGACGGCCUGGACAAAACGCGCAAGAAGGCCAAAAUGGUGACCAUGACGGGGGGCACGACGGGGGCCGUGGGCGGGGUGCUGACCGUGGCGGGCCUCGCCCUCGCCCCCAUGACCUUGGGCGCCUCCCUGGUGGUGUCCGCGGUCGGGGUGGGCGUGGCGACGGCCGGCGGACUGACGGGGGCCUCCGCGGCCUUCAGCAGCAAAGUCAGCCGCAACCUGGACAGGAAGAACGUGGAGAGGAUCGUGCUGGACUUCUGGGACGAGGUUUUCGACAUCGAGCGGUGCCUGCAGUUCGUGAACGCGGCGAUGGAGUGGCUCGGACGGCAGGACCCUGCCAGGCUCACGGCCGCCGACGGCGAGACCGGGGCGGUGGUGAGGCUGGCGACGGUCGCCCGCAGCAACAGGAGCUCCAUCCAGACCGCCGAUCAGUCCCUCGAGAUCCUGUGGCAGUUCUCCCAGGACAUUGACGACUUCUUCGCCAGCGGCGAGGCCCAGAAGCUGAAGAAGGGCACAGAGAAACAGUUCGCCGAAAGGAUCCGCAGUCUUGCCCAGCAGCUGCGCGAGGGGCUAGACAGUUUGAUGAGAAUCCGAGAGAUCCUCAGCUUGGCAGCCAGCACUACUGGAGUGUAUGAGGACUUGAGCGCCUGACUCUGCGCAGUUAAAUGGUAACAUCACACGUUUUCCCCCGCAACCAUAACACAUUCAACCAGUUCACUAUUGCUGUGACCUAGUAUUCACCUACUAAUAGUGAAAUAACUGGUUAUUGUGUAUAGUUAUGCCUCUGUUUCAACAUAAUUUCUCAGCUGCAGUUACUCAAAACGGAACAACCUCAUAGAGACAAAUAAAAUACUGAGUCACCAUUGCGGAAUGGUGCUGUGGUCAAAUGUUUUGAAAUGUCUUUUCAUUAGCCACCAGAGGGCAGUCUUGUGCAUAGUCUGCUUUGUUUUACACAUGGAGUAUACGUAUAAAUGUGGUUUUACACUUUUCCGGUUAUGCUCUUGUACAUAAUGAAUAGAAUGUCUCGUCCUUAACAAAUCUGUGCUAAAUACAUUACAUUUGCCACAGUUCUCCAUUACUAGUUUUCGUAACAGUCUUUUAAAUCGUUUACUCUGCUAAAAUGUCGACUUUCUGUAUAUAUGUUUCUAUGUAGCCUCGUGUUUCAGCCUAUGUGCACAUGUCGCCUAUAACGUCACCUUUCUUCAUCCUUUUAUGUUUUACAGCUGACAUGUUUUUAUGUUGUCUUGUUCAGUAUGAAAACUACUGGUCACAUACUAUGUAAAUAUUUAGUCCUCGCUGACUAUGAGAAUAAAGAUAUUAUUCAAAAAAA